CCGCUCCCAUCAGGAAGCUCACCCACACAGUCGGCCCGAGAAACAGCCGCCAGAAGUGCACGUGGCGGAUGCCCACAGCCGCAUCUGUAUACACAUGCGGCGCUGCGUCAAAUAUAUGUUUCUUUUUCCUGAAAUUGGAAACCCUAGACACCUUUAUUCACGCAGAGAGAUAAGCCUAUAUGUAAAACUCCUCUCCCUCUCCCUCUCCCUCUCUUCUGGUUCUCUGUGUCUCGUGUACUUCUUCCCUUCUUCUCAUUCGAAGCUUUGCGAGAGCCAUGUCGGACGAGGAGCACCACUUCGAGUCGAAGGCCGAUGCGGGAGCUUCGAAGACAUUUCCUCAGCAGGCUGGUACCAUUCGCAAGAAUGGUUACAUUGUGAUAAAAAACAGGCCUUGCAAGGUUGUGGAGGUUUCAACUUCUAAAACUGGCAAGCACGGCCAUGCCAAGUGUCACUUUGUUGGAAUUGACAUCUUCAAUGGAAAAAAACUUGAAGAUAUUGUGCCCUCCUCCCACAACUGUGAUGUUCCCCAUGUCAACCGUACUGAUUACCAGCUGAUUGAUAUAUCUGAGGAUGGAUUUGUCAGUCUGCUGACUGAGAGUGGUAAUACUAAAGAUGAUCUGAGGCUUCCAACUGAUGACAAUCUGCUCUCGCAGAUCAAAGAUGGAUUUGCUGAUGGAAAAGACCUUGUUGUCUCUGUAAUGUGUGCCAUGGGAGAGGAGCAGAUCUGUGCCCUGAAGGACAUUGGCCCCAAGUAAUUCCCUUUUGUCGAUUGCUCAUAGUCUGGAACUCCAAACCAAGCAGAUAUAUAUAUAUUGUCUUACUGAAGAGUUUUAUGUUGGUUCUCGAAUUGGCAACUCAUUUUAAGGAACCAAUAUUUAUCUAUCCGUUCCUUGUGGUGUGGCCUUCAUUCACAACAAGACUUCUAGUCAUUAAUAGACCUUUAUAAUCAAUAUUUUUGUUUUCUUUGAGCCAUGCCUUGUUUCAUGAAAGUCCAGUCAGUAAGACUGUAAAUACGUCUUGGCACUCUGUUGGUGCAAGCUUGAUAUUUAUAGUUUGGUUUUAAUUCCCUAAUGGACUUUGGUCACUUCAUCCCUGUCUGGAUUGUAUAUUUUGCUCUCAAUUUAUUUGUUGAUUUGGGGUGCU